AUGGGCAAAAAGGGCACAAGAGCGGAACAGAGUUAUCCGAAGCACCCUUUCCUCCUCUCUCCAGAUGAAGUCAUCAGUCAUCUAGAGACCAGCACCGACGUGGGCCUGAGCAAUGCCCGGGUCGAGGAAUACCAACAGAAGUAUGGACCCAACAGGCUUGAAGGCGAUGGAGGGGUCUCUUGGUAUGCCAUUCUGGGGAAGCAAAUCUCCAACGCCAUGAUUCUGGUGUUGGUGCUCGCCAUGGCACUCUCGUACGGCGUGGAAGAUUUCGUUGAAGGCGCUGUCAUCACCGCCGUCAUCGUUCUCAAUGUCGUCAUUGGCUUCUACCAGGAAUUUCAGGCCGAGAAGAAAAUGGACGCUCUGCGGUCCCUCUCGUCCCCUUCGGCAGCUGUGGUCAGAGAUGGGAACGAGAUGACCAUUCCCUCGGCAGAAGUCGUCCCCGGUGACAUUGUGUCGAUCAAGACUGGUGACACGGUUCCGGCUGAUUUGCGACUGUUCGAGGUGAUGAACCUCGAGUGCGACGAAGCCAUCUUGACAGGCGAGGCGCUGCCGGUUGCCAAAGAAGUCGAAUUCGAGACCAAGCACGGCAUCGCCAAAGAAGAUCUAGGUCUGGGCGACCGACUCAACAUAGCGUACUCGUCUUCCACGGUGACAAAGGGCCGAGGCCGCGGCGUGGUGGUCUACACCGGCAUGUCGACGGCCAUUGGAGGGAUCGCUGCCUCGAUGCAGGGAAAGAAACGCAAGCCCAACCGUUCCAUGUCGAGGAAGAAGUACGGACCCAUGCAGCCCGUCAAGGGAGGUGCGCUGCGUACAUACGACGGUGUGCGCAAAUUCCUCGGUCUCACCGGCGGCACGCCUCUACAGAUCAAGCUCAGCAAACUCGCCUACGUCCUUUUCGGUUGUGCCAUCCUCCUGGCCAUCAUCGUGUUUGGGGUCAACCGAUUCAACGUCACCAACGAGGUUGCCAUCUACGCCAUUUCCACGGGCAUUGCCAUCAUCCCCGAAUCUUUGAUUGCCGUCCUCACCAUCACCAUGGUUGUGGGCAUGACACAGAUGCGGAAACGCAAGGUGGUCGUCCGACAACUCAGUGCACUCGAAGCCCUCGGGGGUGUCACCAACAUCUGCUCGGAUAAAACCGGCACUCUUACCCAGGGGAAGAUGGUGACGCGAAAGGCAUGGAUUCCCGGAGUCGGCAUCUACAGCGUGGAGAAUUCCAACAACGCGUCAGACCCUACAGAAGGCACCGUCACGCUCGGCAAGGCGCCCAGGUCGCGGCAGGAAGUCGAGGCGGAGAGACUUGCCAGAGAAGAGGCCUUUGACCGCAAACGAAGCACUGCGGGCAUCUCUUUCGAUCUCCCGAGCGAGAAACUGCAAAAGGAUGCCGAAAAGGCCUCGGAGAAAUCCGACACCGACGUCAAGUCCAACCCGGAGGUCACGCCUGAACUCCAGGCGUUCCUGGAAUCCGCGGCCCUCUGCAACCUGGCGACGGUCCGCAAGGUCGCCGAGGACGGGGAGGAGGAGAAGUGGAAGACGGCGGGCGACCCGACCGAGAUUGCCCUGCAGGUCUUCUCGCACCGCUUCAACUACGGCAAGAAAGCGCUCGAGGAGAGUGGGUGGGUACAAAAGAUGGAAUACCCCUUUGACAGCUCCAUCAAGCGCAUGUCGGUCGUAUAUACGAAACCCGGCCUGGAACACUCUCUCAUCUUCACCAAAGGCGCGGUUGAACGUAUCAUCGACCUCUGCACGUCCGUGGGCGUGGGGGAUAAGCACGAAGAGAUGACUCCGACCCUGAAGGAAGCCAUUCUGGAACAAAUGACGUUUCUCGCCGAACAAGGUUUGCGAGUGCUCGCCAUCGCCAGGAGAGACACGACUCUGGAAAUCGAGGAACACAGCGACGUGGACCGGAGCGUUGUCGAAAAGGAUCUCUGUCUGCUGGGUCUCGCUGGUCUGUACGACCCGCCUCGCCUCGAGACGAAAGCCGCCGUCCAGGCCUGCACGACCGCCGGAAUCACCGUGUCCAUGUUGACGGGUGACCACCCGUCCACGGCGACCGCCAUCGCCAAGGAAGUCGGCAUCAUUCCCAAGAACAUGGGUACGCUCGCACCAGACGUGGCGGCGGCCAUUGUCAAGACCGCGACGGAAUUCGACAGGAUGACUGACGCCGAGAUCGACGCUCUGCCGACCCUACCCCUCGUGGUGGCGCGCUGCGCCCCAGAGACCAAAGUCCGGAUGAUCGAGGCGCUGCACCGACGGAAGAAGUUCGCCGCCAUGACGGGGGACGGGGUCAACGACUCGCCGUCGCUGAAGCUCGCCGACGUGGGCAUCGCCAUGGGCCUGAACGGGAGCGACGUGGCCAAGUCGGCGUCGGACAUUGUGCUGACGGACGACAACUUUGCGUCCAUCGUCAACGCCGUCGAGGAGGGCCGCCGCAUGUUCGACAACAUCCAACGCUUCGUGCUGCACCUCCUCACGUCCAACGUCGGCGAAGUCAUCCUCCUCAUCUGCGGCCUGGGAUUCCAGGACGACACGGGGUUUUCCGUGUUCCCGCUCUCGCCGCUGCAAAUCCUUUGGAUCAACAUGCUCACCUCGUCGUUCCCGGCGUUCGGGCUGGGCCGGGAGAAGGCGUCGCCGGACGUGAUGGAGCGGCCGCCGCACGACAACAAAAAGGGCGUCUUCACGUGGGAACUGAUCACGGACAUGCUGGUGUACGGGACGAUCCAAGGCACGUGCUGCCUGAUGACGUUCGUCUUCAUCGUGUAUGGGCCCGGCCCGGACGGUCUGGGCCAGGACUGCAACCGCAAGUACAACGACACGUGCGACGUCGUGUUCCGGGCGCGGGCGGCCGUCUUCGCCGAGCUGACCUGGCUGAUCCUCAUCUCGGCGUGGGAGUUCAAGGCGAUGCGGCGGAGCAUGUUCCGGAUCAACCCGCACGACACGCGCACGUUCCCCUUCUUCGCGGACAUCUGGGAGAACCAGUUCCUGUUCUGGUCGGUCGUCAUCGGGGCCGUGUCCGUCUUCCCGGCCGUCUACAUCCCGGGCCUGAACACGUCCGUGUUCAAGCACAAGGGCAUCUCCUGGGAGUGGGCGCCGGCCAUCGUCUGCGUCUUCGUCUUCGUCAGCGGCAUGGAGGCCUGGAAGUACGUCAAGCGCGCCGCCGGCUGGUUCAAGGAGGAGGAGACCGAGGGCAUGAAGGGCCGCCGCCUCGGGCCCUCCAGCGCCGUGCUCUCCCUCCGACAGGGCUUCUUCACCAUGACCCGGAGUUUCACCAAGAGCAAGUCCGAGGAGAAACAGCGCACCCCGGUCACCAUGGAGUUGGGCACUCGGGACAGAAACGCCCGGCAACCGCAUGUGCUGCCCAGGGUGAGGGAGGACGUUUGA